CCCGCCGUGAACAACCUGACUAAAUACGAAUUACCCUCUGGGCGCAUCGACCUUCGUCAACCGCCUUUGGCCGUUGGACUUCGACAUGCUCGUCUGCCCUGUGUAUUGCCACGUCGGCGCACCGUUAGUUUAAACUGGCACAAGCCUCAGCCACAUCUAGGGAACUCGGGAGUCGCAGCCCCGGAUUCAAUUGACUCAGCCGACUCCAGUUCUGCACACACUUCUAAUGCAGCAUUAUUCGGCCCUACAGUCGUACGCCAAUCUGAAGAGAGCCUGUUGCCCUUUCCCCGCCGCACUCUACGCUUGCGUGCCUCCAGUCAAUGCUGCUCUGCUUCUGAUAUGGCCCUUUCCAGUCAACCAUGCUUCCAUCAAGUCCUUCAACCUAUAUCCCUGGCAAGUGGACAUUCACAUCAUCACACUCAUCGCCACCAAGCCCUUCUGCAUUUGGCGGCCGCCUCUCGGCCAGCCGUGGCCAGUGGCUCAUGGCUCCAGGCAAGGAUGGCUAGUCUUGGUCACCUAUGUCGGCCCUCUGUCUCCAUAUCCUCGGCCGGAUCGUCACCUCCACCAUCCCCAGCACCUCGGGCGCCGCCAGCCUCUCAAGGUGUCGGCUUGGACGCAUGGUUGCUGUCAGCUAGUCGACAGGCUGCUGCGAGAGAGGGGUUUGGUGUAGAAGAGACAUUUGGGGCUGAAACGCGUCUCAUGGGGCUUGAACAAGCAGACUUAAUUGAUUCAGGCGAGGCUGACAUGGCUUAUCAGCUGCAACUAUCACCCAGUCAGACUACCGGUCACAUAGAUGACGGAGCUGAAGCUGCCCCGGUAGGAUGA